AUGCUUACUCGCUCUAAUAGGGGUUCGAUCAAGAGAAAACAUAUUGCAACAAUGAUAGAGUCCACUGCUGUCGAGACUUUGCAAACACAAUUUUCGGGGUAUGGAAGUACAUCGAAGAUUGUUGCAAGAUGCCUUGACCGAAUAAAUUUGAAAGAGCCGCUGGAAGAGUGGUCAAACGAGACUAUCUCGAAAGUUGUCGUUGCUUUUAUUGACGAAAAAUUUCCGACUGUUAUCGCACUUAAUAAAAUCGACCACCCGGAUUCAGAUAAGGCAUUGUUCCCAUUACUGACAUUUGAAUUCCAGAAUAUUAGCAAGAUCGCCAAACAGGAAGAUCCUAAAUCAAUUGUCCUCUGCUCUGCCAUCUCCGAGGUAUUUCUACGGAAGUUGACAAAACAAGGGUAUAUUAAAUAUAUAGAAGGGAGCGAAUUUGUGGACACACGGGAAGACCUGAUAGAAAUGGGCGACCCUGAUGGCGGAGGCCUGAAGGAAAUGGAUGAAAAGCUAAAGAAGUAA